AUGUUGAGAGCCCGCCAGCUUACGCGCGCGCUGCGCACCACCGCCAAGCAGCAGCAGAUCCGUCGGUCCUUCUCGUCGGCUGCUCGUGGACUGCAGACGCCCGCGGUGGCCGCUAUCGAUAACUCGCGUGAACUGUCCACGACUAAGGUGCAGGAGGAGCACAAGCGCGCGGAGCCCAAGAGCACGGACAAGUUCAUCGGCAAGACUGGCGCCGAGAUCUUCCACGAGACGCUGGCUGAGAUGGAUGUCGAUUGCGUGUUUGGCUACCCUGGUGGUGCUAUCCUCCCGGUGUUCGAUGCUAUUCACGAGAGCAAGCACUUCGACUUCAUCUUGACGAGACACGAGCAGGGCGCCGGCCACAUGGCUCAGGGUUACGCCCGUGCUACUGGCAAGCCCGGUGUCGUUCUGGUGACUUCAGGACCUGGAGCCACCAACACUGUCACGCCGCUGCAGGACGCGCUUAUGGACGGUACCCCCAUCGUGGUCUUUAGUGGCCAAGUGGCCACCCAGGUGCUGGGCACGGACGCCUUCCAGGAGGCAGACGUGCUGGGAAUCACCCGCCCAUGUACCAAAUGGAACGUGCAGGUGCGCGACGUGCGCGACCUUGCACGUAACGUCCGCGAGGCCUUCCACAUUGCCACGACCGGCCGCCCUGGCCCCGUGUUGGUGGAUCUGCCGAAGGAUAUCACGGCCGGAUUAUGCAAGAGCCCCGUGUACACUGAGCCCCAACUGCUGGGCUACUACGGCGAGAAGAAGAUCGAGGGUAACCGCGUGAACCAGGACGCCAACCUGGCUGCCGCUAUCAAGAUGAUUAACAAAGCCAAGAAGCCGCUGAUCUUCGCCGGUGCAGGCGUCCAGCACGCUAGCGAAGAGCUCCGUUCUCUUGCACGCCAAGCCAACAUCCCCGUGACCACGUCGCUGCAGGGUAUGGGUGCCUUUGACGAGCGUGACCCGCUCAGUCUGCACAUGUUGGGCAUGCACGGAUCGGUGUACGCCAACAAGGCCAUGCAGGACGCUGACUGCAUCAUCACACUCGGCGCACGCUUCGAUGACCGUGUGACGGGACGUGUACCGGACUUUGCACGCGAGGCACGUCGUGCUUCCGCUGAGGGCCGUGGUGGCAUCAUCCACUUCGAGAUCACGGGCAAGCAGGUGGGCAAGAUCGUGCCUGCCGAUGUCUCUGUGCUCGGCGACACCAAGUACAACUUGCAGCAGAUUCUGCCCAAGAUUGAGAGCAAGCCACGCACUGAAUGGCACAAGAAGCUUCAGGGCUGGAAGGCAAGGUAUCCGUUUCGUUACCGGUCGCCUGCUCCCGGCGCUCCGAUGAAGGCGCAGCGUGUUAUUGAGGAGCUGUACAAACAGACCAAGGGCCGUGACGACGUGUUGAUUACCACGGGUGUGGGUCAGCAUCAGAUGUGGGCCGCUCAGUUCUACCGGUGGUCACGUCCGAACUCGAUGAUUACUUCUGGUGGUCUGGGUACCAUGGGCUUCGGUCUCCCGGCUGCCAUCGGUGCCAAGGCAGCUAAACCCGACAAUAUUGUGAUUGAUAUUGACGGCGAUGCCAGUUUCUCCAUGACGCUGGCCGAGAUGGCGACCGCUGCCGAGUUCAACAUCGGCGUGAAGGUUCUGCUACUGAACAACAACUUCCAGGGCAUGGUCAAGCAGUGGCAGGACCUGUUCUAUGAGGAGCGAUACUCGGGCACCAAGAUGAAUAACCCGGACUUCGUCAAGUUCGCCGAGGCGAUGAACUGCGAGGGAUUCCGCUGUUCAAAGGAAGACACGCUCGAGGAGGACAUGGCCCGGUUCCUUGCUGCUGAGGGCCCCAUCUUAGGUGAGUUUAUGGUCGAGAAGAACGAGCACUGCUACCCCAUGGUCGGAGCAGGGCGUUCGCUGGACGAAAUGAUUAUCGGCGACUUCGACGACUGCCCGGGUACUACCUCGGUCUAG